GAAGUACUUGGCUCAAUGGGCCAAUAAUUCAUUCAUUUCCUAGAGGAUCAACUUAAUUUCGGAUCAAGGCCUGAAACUGCAGUCCAGAAAUUGAACCACCACCACGUGACGUGUGUUGCCAUGUCGUCUACAGACUAGAUAAUAGCACAUGCAUGCGAAGCAGUGUCAGAAUGUGAUUUUCCUAGUCUGAGCCUCGGCGGCCGACUUCUCGCGGCGCUCGGACAGCCUGGGAAGUCAGCUGAGCUAUCGAACGAAGUUGAACUCCUACAUCUCAGACCUGAUACAUCACGUGGACCCGCUCGCUCCCGCGAUCCCUCGCCCGUGAUAAAAACGCACAUGCUGGGGAUGGGAGAAUCCACUCACCCAAGGUAGUUCCUCCAUGUCCCCGCCAGAUUCACGCAGCCCUCCACCUCCUUCAAGCGCUGCUGAGACAGCCUACCUCAGCCUGAUGCGCGCCGCGCCCUCCUCCGCGGACCGACGCACACUCAAGCCCGAGACCCUAGACGACAUCUACGCGCAGCUGCGCACGGUCGAGCCGGGUUUCCUCAUCGGCGAAUGGACGGGCGGCGAUUUCCCCGAGCUGGGGCACCCCGUCAGCGCCAGUCUCACGCAGAUCCGGUGGGCGGGGAAGAGCUUCUACAGCGCGGAGGACGUCGUGCCGAUCGUGGUGUACGACGCGCAGGGGAGCAGGACGCCUGCUUUGGAGCCGUAUGGCAAGGCGAGGAUCCGCGAAGUCAAGUUCCGGGGCGUUGUGUCUGCCGCGAUGGUGUACGACAUCCUCGCGAUCAUCGACCAUUUCCGCUAUGUUGACGAGAACACCGUCGCGGGGGUCAUGGACACCAAAGAUGCACCGCCCGGAUAUCACUUCUACUUGAAGAGACUCGACGCGAAAAGCCGCCUGUAGAAACUGUG